CGCACCGUGUGGUGCCGGGCGCCAGAGCAGUGCCUAGCAACUUCCUAGUUCUCCGCUAGCACUGCGUGUUUGUCCAUGAUAGUCCGCGACAGAACCUACUAUGACCUAUAAACAUGUGCUUAUUUUAUUUCCAAGAAAAUGUAUGAAGUAGUGACUUAAAACUCUGGCCUUAGUGAGGAAGUGGGAUGAGUGAAGUUACUGCAUGGUCACUGCCGUGUAUAUCACGGAUUCCCGAUGAAGUGUUGCUGUGCUGGGGAAGCAGAAGAGAAAUCGACUGAGAGCCAGCAGUUGCUUUGUAGUCUGCCUUGUUCUAAUAGUGCAGUGGCCUUAGUAUAUUGUGCUGAAUAUAUCAAUGAAUUAGCAGCCAUGAAUUGGAGGCUCUUUUCUAAAUACCAAUACUUUGAUUCAAGAGGAAUGUUUAUUUCACUUGUAUUUUCAGCACCACUGCUGGUGAAUACUACUAUAAUUGUGGUCAGCUGGGUUUACAGAACUUUGAAUGUAAUGACUGAACUAAAGAUGCUACAGCAGAGAAGGAAAGCAGAAAAAGAGAAAAAGAAGUAAACGCCAAACCCUAUUUGUGUUUCUUCAGUUGUAAUAACGCCUGUCUGGGUAAUCAGUCCUUCUGUAUGGGUAUGCGGAACAGAAGUAUUUUUGUGUACAAUGUCAAGAGGACUUUGUAAUUGUGGCUGUGGACACUGAGGUGGAAGCAGGUAUCUACAGUACAUUUAAAUUGGCUGUGAAAUUAUGAAACCCAGUCUUAACAAGUCUUUGUGCCCUUCAGUAUAAGAUAGUUUUCCUCCAUGAACCAAGGCUGUUAGUAUUGAAGAGAUGCAAUCUUCCAGUUUCCAUUUGCCUGUGUUAUUUUUUUACUAUGUCUUUAUUCUGUGCUUAUCAAGAAUCAGUUAUUCUGCUGCUUAAGCCAAUUGGAGCUGUGUUGUGAAUUACAGUAAAUGAGAGAUUUUAUUCAGAAUAACUCAGGAAUCCAUGCUUCUGUGAAGCACUUCACUUCUUUAUAAAUCAAGUUUCAUACUUCCUAUGUGUACUGUGUGCCAGUGGCAUUUUAUAAAUAAAACUAUGCACUCACUGUAUCUUAAAUUGAGUUAAUUUGUAUUCAUUUUUAAUCAGACUUUUUCCUUCUUUUUUUCUCAUAAAAAUUUCCAGUUUGGCAAAUUUCCCAGUUUAAUUUGUGUAAAUAAUUCAAAAUGAUCUCUGCAUUUCUUUCAAUUUGUACUUCAUGUUCUUAAGGCUUCUAGAUAAAUACAUUUUUUUUUAAACUAGGUGAAUAUUUAGUAGUUUUAUGUUUCUUUGUAGAACAGAAAGGAAGAGAAGGAACUUAGUAUUAUUAUAUGAAAUUUUGUCCCCUUUAUAAUGUUGGUUUUUUUUAAUAACUGGAAAUUAAAAAUAGGUAAAAAUGAAGAAGGCAUUAGUUUUGCUUCAAGUGGGCUGUUUAUAUUGAAUUAAAGUAGUUUGAGAGGGGGUGUGGAUAUGGUAGAGACUGUCUAUAUUUAGUAGAAGUUGUACCAUUGUGUGGAGAUGUACAGUUCUGUCUAAAAUAGAUGUCAUUUAAGACAUAGGAAAGAUGAUCUAUAAACCUGAUCUUAUAAUGUGAAAAACAUUGAGGUACAAAAUUGCAGGACACUAGUAAGUUUAUAGCCUAAGGAAAUACUUGUGAAACUAAUUUUAAUUACUUAAUAGUCUUCACAGAGUGGAGAUAGACUUGAGGAAGAGAGCAGAUGUAUGUCAUACGCAGUUUGCAAGUCUCCUGAACAGGAGGAAAGUGAAACUCUGCGGGAAGGGCAGUGAAGCAUUAGCAUUGGAUCCAUUUCUUUACCUUUCCUGUAACUCUUUGGCAUUCCUUCACCCACUCACUGCUCUACCCAGAACUACUGGCAGCUAGACUAUUGUAUGUUAGCAAACUAAAUAGAUGCAGGUUUGUGUGUUGUCCCAUUUUGGAGCAUUCUGUUGUGACUCUUGGUGCAGUGUUGGGUCAUGUCAACUAUAUGGAGAAAUCUCAAGUGGUCUGGUCGAUAACGUGCGCUUUUUGGGAAGGAGUGAAGAGAAUCUGUCCAAAUGACUGCCAGGUGGCAGCUGUCACCAGAACCAAACAACAGACCUUUCUGAUAUCAUAUACAUAGGAUGUUGUCCUUCCAGGCUAGUUUAUAAAAGUUCAGCCUUUCUUCUACAGUUUGAUGGGGAGAGUUGCAAUCUUCACUCAUGGCCCUAAGCAAAUGUGCUCCUGACUUUCCUGUUGAUAGCUUCUGCAACAAAUCAGUGCACAAUUGUUUCAGUGUCACAACUCUUGAAGCUGUAAUACUUCAUGUGGAGAUACCACCUUUAUCAAGUAACCUUUGGUUUCAUAGUGUGAAGUGUAGGAAUUUGAUUCACAGUAAGUGAGGAGGUUCAGAGCAGCUGAGCAACAAGUCUCUUGCAGUGGAAAACAGCGUGCCUUAUUUAGUACAUCCAAGGCAAACUUUCUCCAAAUAGUUUGGUAUUUUGCCUAUCUUGUGUGUGAGGUUGGAAAAAAGAUGGAUAAUUGUUGCAGUCUGUUUAGUUUGUUCUGGUUGUUAGUUUGAAUGGUUUGUUCCUGCUGUUAUCCCCCUAUGAUUUGUAAUGGUUUUGCCCACUUGUCAGUUUUUGUAAACCCCUCCCCUUUUUCCUGAACCUUCCUUGUCUGUCACCUUUAGCCUGCCCCUGAUCCCUGUCAGUCAAUGUAAACCCAACCCUCUGUUCCAGCAUGUUCCCUGCCAUUCCUCCCAUUGGUUCCAGAUAUUGUAAACCCCUCCUUUGACUCCUCUCAAGCUGUGUUUUCAUUGGUUCCUGAGUUUGUACCCUCCUCCCUUUAAAAUGAGUUGCACAGAAGUGCUCGGUGCUCAGAGUCCUUGGGUCCCUGUGUACCUUUCCAGCCCUUGUCCUGUCACCACUCCCUCUCCCUUAAUAAAUCCUGUUCCUGGAAAGCU